AUGGCCAAGUGGCUGCUGGUCAGCCACUACUUCGUGGUAGGUGCCUUAGCGGCCUCGGAAGCGCAAUUGAAGUUCGUGCCGGUGCCCGUGGAAGAACGUCUCAAAGUGAAAGACUCCGUAGAAUCGCUGAGGUCGUCCCCGAGACUCAUUCGCAACGCGAUAGAAAUUAUCUGCAGCAAGAUCAGACGUAUCUCCAGCAAGAUCGAACGUAUCCUCAACAAGAUCGGACGUAUCCGCAACAAGAUCGGACGUAUACGCCGCAGGAUCGUGGGUAUCCACAACCGGAUCGAGACUUUCGUCAACAGGGGGGCUUCGGGGAUCGCAGAGAUGGAUCUCGUCAAAGAUGAAGGACGAUCGCAAUCAUGCGGACCACAGAGCCCCUGUCUCGAACCAGACGGACUUUUUCCCGUCGAUGGGAACUGUUGCGGAUUUGUGAACUGCGCUAAUUGUCGCCCGUUCACGCAAAGGUGUGCGGCUGGGACGGUUUUCGACCUCGACCUUUGGAUAUGCAAUCAUGAACGUGAUACCCAACAAUGCGCCGGCAACAACCGAGAAUGUGCCUUCCAAACGGUGAAUCUCCGCGGACAAGCGCAGGAUUACGAUAGCCAAGAUGAUGGAGCUUCAUCGAGAAAUCCCGACGGAAUCAGCGGCAGCGGGUCCAAUGGCAGCCCUGGUUGGGAGUACGCCUCAGCAUCCGAAGUCAAAGAAGUCAAGAAAAAAACCGGCAAAGUGUCACGCGUGAAGAAAGUCGCCAAAGCAUCCAAAGCAUAGUCUUAUUGUCAUCCGUUGGAUGGGGAAAAAUCCCGAAAAUGUCCCAUAUGUGAAGAGAUGCAUAUUCGCUGAUCUUUGAUCCGGCGCACAAGUUCAGAGUCUGGGGUCACUCUUGAACUCAACAGCAUGGAAAUCAUUCGCUCCGGUUCUCCGACGCUUCUCCGUGUAUCAGGUCUUGUAUAGAUUCGUCAUAUUCUCCAUUCUGAUGGCCCGUAUUGAAGAAGUCGUGAGUGAUCCCGCUCAGGUGCAUCCCGAAUCGCUCGCAAAGUCUUGGAAUCUCUCGUUGCGAGGACGAGAUGUCCGAUGAAGCAUGAAGCUCCCGUCGCGAAAUCUUCAACUGAUUCUACUCGGCCUCGUAUCUUGCGAACUCUAUGGAGCUUUGGCCAUUCUGUCUAACAAGGUGGU